AUGGCUGCCUUCCCUCCUCCUCCCACGAACACCAUUGACUGGGCCAAUGUCGGCUUCCAGGUCCGCGAAGUCAACGGCCACAUCGAGUCCACCUACAGCAAGUCGACCGGCCAGUGGACGCCGCUCAAGUUCGUGGCGUCGCCCUUUAUGCGCAUCCACGGCAUGGCCCCGGCCCUCAACUACGGCCAGCAGGCCUACGAGGGCCUCAAGGCCUUCCGCGGCCCCGGCGACGACACGAUCGCCCUCUUCCGCCCCGACCGCAACGCCCUGCGCCUCCAGCACUCGGCCGACGUCGCCUCGAUGCCCCGCGUCCCCGAGCAGACCUUCCUCGACGCCUGCCGCGCCGCCGUCGCCCUCAACGCCGCCUUUGUGCCCCCGCACGCCACGGGCGCCGCCAUGUACGUGCGCCCCCAGAUCUACGGCUCGAGCGCCCAGCUCGGCCUCUCGCCGCCCGACGAGUACACCUUUGCCGUCUUCGUCAUCCCGACGGGCGUCUACCACGGCGUCCACCCCGUCAAGGCCCUCAUCCUCGACGAGUUUGACCGCGCCGCCCCCCACGGCACCGGCCACGCCAAGGUCGGCGGCAACUACGCCCCCGUGCUGCGCUGGAGCGACAAGGCCCGCGCCGAGGGCUACGGCAUCACGCUGCACCUCGACUCGGCCCGCCACGAGGAGGUCGACGAGUUCAGCACGAGCGGCUUCAUCGGCGCCAAGAAGGCCCCCGGCGCCGCCGGCGCCUACACCCUCGUCGUCCCCGACUCGCAGUGCGUCAUCGACUCGGUCACGAGCGACAGCAUCCAGCACAUUGCGCGGUCCCUGGGCUGGGCCGUCGAGAAGCGCGUU